AUGCGCAGAUACAGGCCGGGAGGGCCCGCGGGCGGCAGGGCAAACGGCGGCGUCAUGGUGCCAGACCCCUUCGCCAUGGUGCGCGCCUACGAAUCCGACACAAACCCCACCAGGCCCAUCCGUCCCUCGCCCCUCACCGCGUCCACCAUCCAGGGGCUGCCGCUGGAUCUGCUGGACAGACUGCGCUCCUUCCCGCUGUUUCUCUCUGCGCCUGACACCUUUCUCGCCGCUGUGGGAAUGCACCUCAAGCCGCAGCUAUACCAGGCACACGAUACCAUACUCACAGAGGGCGAGCAGGGUAAGGCCAUGUACUGGCUGGUGCGCGGCUCUGUACGCGUCACCUCGCGCGAUGGAGAGAGUACAUAUGCAGAAUUGAAGCCGGGGGCCUUCUUUGGAGAAAUUGGCAUCCUGAUGAACAUUCCUCGCACUGCUACCAUCAUCGCCAACAUGCGAUCGCUAGUGGUGCGCCUGAACAAGGAGGCACUAGAGAAGGAGCUGCCCAAGUUUCCCGAAGUAGAACAUGCCAUCAUGGACGAGGCCAAGGAGCGCCUGGCGAUUCUGGAGCGCAAGAAGAAGGAAGUCGGCAGGAAGCCCGCCAUGGGACUCGUGUCGCGACCUAUCAAGCGCACUAUAGAUCGCGUCGAUGGCGACGUAGUCAUGACCGAGCGGGGCUCCGUGCAAGACGGAGAGGUUAUAAGCCAAUACAAGAAGCGGAAGUCUCCGAGCCCAGGUCUCGCAGAUGUCGCAGCAAUGAGCGUUUUCGGCAACGGCAGUCUGCCAGUGAGACUGCUGCUCAAAGAACUGCCCCUGUUCUCGAGCUUGCCAUCCGAAAUAUUGCACUUCAUCGGUCUCAAUGCACAGCCUUGCCAUUACCCUCCCUUUACCGAUAUUAUCAAGCAGGGCACACAAGGGCGCGAUGUCUUUUUCAUCGUCAAGGGCGAGGUCGAAGUGGUCAACACGCAAUCACCUCUAGAAAACGGACAUUCCACCAUGCAUAGUCGAAGAAAGUCCAUUGCCGCUGGCGAGCACAGCGUCCAGUCUGUUAAAGCCCGCUUGAGACCAGGGCAAUACUUUGGAGAGGUUACCAGUCUAUCUUUAGCACCUCUUCGCACUGCGAGUGUUCGCUCGGUAUCGUCUGUGGAGUGUCUGAUGAUCAGUGGCGACGUUCUCAAUCAGCUGUGGGAUAUGUGCGGCGCGGACUUGCGUCGCCAGGUAGAGCAGGUCGCAAAUGAACGGCUCAAAGCUGCCAAGGACACUGAUACGCACAUGUCCGAUUCUACAGAAGCUACACCAAAAAUUGAUUCCUUGAUCAUAGACACCCUCAAAGCACCGCGUACGCCACGUAAGGGAAGCGUUCCCACCGUCACCUUCGAAGACCUGCCGACUACGAUUGACAGUCCAAUCACACCAUCAAGAAGAGAAGAGAAGAUGAUGGAGCCUUUUGAUCCGGAUCCCUUCCUCAAUGUAGACCUGGACAAUGUACGGUCUCGAUCACGAAGAGGCUCGCUCGCUCCACCGCCGCCCGAUUCACCUACGGGCUCAUCCAUCAUCAUCCCUAAAUCACCGUCUCCGAGCUCUACUCCCCUCUCACCAUCGCCUUUCUUCAAACAUUCGACGACACCUCCAGAAACGACGUUCGAGAUCAAAAGACCCAGAGUGAUGACACGGCGGCCAAGUAGAUUCAAUAAAGGGCUUUUGCCUGAUUCCAUCGUCAUCGGCAUCUUCAAACAUCUGGAUCUUUGUGAGCUUAUGCGCUUACGGCUUGUAACAACCCACUGGAAACAGCUUAUACAUAGCUCUCCGGAUAUUCUCCAUACUCUGGACCUUAAGAAAUAUAAUCGUCGCGUCACGGAUCGCACGCUGCAGGAUAUCAUUUGCCCGUUCGUCGGUAACCGGCCCACCUUCGUCGAUAUAAGCAAUUGCUUCCAUGUAACCGACGAGGGAUUCGCUGCGUUGGGGGCAACUUGUGCACCCAACGUGAAGAUAUGGCGCAUGAAGAGCGUAUGGGAUAUAACAGGCCCUGCCGUGCUUGAGAUGGUACAAAAAGCCAAAGCGCUCGAAGAAGUUGACCUGAGCAAUUGCCGAAAAGUGGGCGACAACCUUCUGGCUCGCGUGAUAGGCUGGGUCGUCCCUGAAAUAACACCCGCAAUGGCAAUGGCACAGGCGCAGCAAGCGCAAAUGGCUCACCGACGGUCCUUCGGUCAGAAAGGCGCAAAUGGGCAGGCCAUGCCGCAACCACUGCCUCCUGGCACGGUUGUAGGAUGCCCCAAACUGCGGCGUUUGACACUGAGCUAUUGCAAGCACAUCACGGACCGAUCGAUGGCUCACAUCGCAGUGCAUGCAGCGUCCCGAAUCGAACAAAUCGACCUCACAAGAUGUACAACUAUUACCGACAUUGGCUUCCAACACUGGAGCGUGUAUUCAUUUCCCCGAUUGACGAAGCUGUGUCUGGCGGAUUGCACGUAUUUAACUGAUAAUGCGAUCGUUUAUCUGACCAACGCGGCGAAAGGGCUGAGGGAACUGGACUUGUCCUUCUGCUGCGCCCUAUCCGAUACCGCGACCGAAGUCCUCGCCCUUGGGCUUCCAAUGCUCACCCACCUCAACCUCGCAUUUUGCGGCUCCGCCGUAUCCGACACAUCUCUCCGAUGUAUCUCGUUACAUCUUCUCGAACUACGCCAUCUUUCUGUACGUGGAUGUGUCCGCGUUACCGGUACCGGAGUAGAAGCGGUAGUUGAAGGUUGUAGAGACCUAGAACUCUUCGAUGUCAGCCAGUGCAAGAAUCUGCAAAGAUGGAUCGAGGCGGGUGGCCCAGAAAGCGUUAGAAGUAGAGGGAGGAAGGUCAUCUUCGAGACUGUUGCCGAUGGCAAGUGGAGAACGGCGAAGCGGUGA